AUGGAUAAGCUUGACACUUCUAACCUGAUCGAUGCCAAAAUGGAGCUACACCCUGAAGAGGAGAGCCUUGCGCAGCCCAUGAUAAUUCUCAAAAAUAAAGGGGAAAAUCGGUGUAAUGUUAUACGAAUAACAGCCGUUGUAGUAAUAAUUGGUGUUGUAGCUGCGGCAUUUAUUGGUGGGUAUAUGGUACGAAAAACUGUGUUUAAAUGUAAAAAAGAAGGUAGUGGCGAUGUUCCGUCGUCCCCGGCACCUUCGCAAGUUCGACUGCAGGAUAUCCUGGCAGAAAUGUCUGCAGAUCAGAUCGAAGGAAAUUUAAGGUUUGUUCAAACUAUUUACAUUAUUGCAUCUUUUGAGAGCAAUCAAUUGACGAUUAACUGAAGCUUAAAGAUCGACGUUUUCUCAUAAGAGCAGGUGAAAAAAACCAAUUUAUUUUUAAUGUUUCUUCUCUAAGCAAAUUUGUUACAGUGUAUCAGUCAUUUUCUGUGCGUGAUGCACAGAAACGGAGUUGGAAGCGGUUUUGUGACGCGCUCUACUUCGAUGAAAAUGCGUGUUUAAAAAUUUUUGCUCAUCGCACAGCUGGUAACACAGUAUGUAGUCGAUCUGGAAGGGCUGUCAGCAGAUAGACUCAUAUCGAGGAUGCACGAAGCAUGUAGAUUAUUUUUUUGGCACAUGUACGUUUCGUGCGUGACUAGGCGAAGGUGCAGCCAGGUUUCAGCUUUUUCUGCACGGUUUAUUCACAUAUUUUGUUUAUAUCUUCCUAUCAGUUUUUGAUGGAGCCUAGAAAUACACUUUAAAAAAUACAUCAAUAUGGACUUGGGCCCAAAUGAGUUUUUUUCUUUCCAUUUUUGCGAGUCAAAUCCCCCUUCCUCCCUCCCUAUAAGUAAACGACUUCCAGUCAGUAAAAAAUUCUUACUAACACUUUAACUCUCAAGAUCUGAUUGUUAAUUCUCCCCUCUAGCUGCAACACAUUUCCUCAUAAAUUAAUUAUGAGAAUUUGGUGUCAGAUCAAGAUAACAACUUCUACCUGAUAAGUUUUGAGUAUUCGCAUUACCUGUUUGCUGGAUAAUGUGUGGAUAUUAUAGGAAGAAGUUACCUGUUAAUCACUUCUGGGAAUUAAAGGGUUAAAAAUGAUUAUUACAUUUUUUAAAUAUGUUGAAAAUAUAUUUUUAAGCCAUCAUUCAUGUUGUCAUAUCUUAGCCAUGCUCAGAUGUUUUACUUGAAUCAUGCUCUGUAAAGUAUGAAAAUUUUGCAUGUUUUAAUUCUUGCAGUUGUUUUGGUCAGAAAUGUCCCCUGUCAGCUUUAACCCUUUACUUCCUAACAUCAAUAUGCACAUUCUCCAUACUUCUCCCUAGACAUUUCCAAGGGUUUUGUCAAGGAGAAUUUGUUCAACAAUCAAGAGCCUCUCUAGUUGGUGAUCAUCUCCUUUAUUCUCAUGACCAUAAUGUGUGAUUCAGGGGUGAUAUUGUAUGGAGAAAUUAGAUGUUAGUCACUCCUAAAGAUCAAAGUUUUAGAAUAAACUUCUGCAAAAAAAUCUGGUAGAAUAAAACGACAAAAAAGUGUACCAUCUUCACUCUUACAGUGUGCUUUGUAUGUGAAUCAAAUCCAACUCACUUGAAAUAUCCAUUGUGAUUCAGGAAUUAAAUGUUGUGUAGCUCACAAGGGUACAAAUGAACAUGCUGUGAGACUUUAAAAAUGAGUCAAAUAAAAACAGAUAUUAUUAAGUGACUUUAAGAAGAAACAUUUUUGUUAGGAUUUUUUUAAUCAGCACUGAAUAAAAUAGUUUUAUAUAGCUCAUCAAAGUUAGCAUCUGAAUAAAAAAUGCUGAGUUUUGUUCAUAUUGGCGGACUUAAGCCUUCUUUUAUUGCAAAUGAAUAUGAUCAGGGUUUAAAAAGUUAUUUCUCAUAGUUUUGCUGAUUUAGAGCAUGAUCGUUGUUUUUUUUCCUCAGGAAUUUGACCCUUUAUCCUCAUCAUGCGAGCUCUAAAAGAAAUACUGAACUAGCGGAGUGGAUCAAGGAAAGAUGGGAAAGUUAUGGCUUUGAGGUCAAGUUACUUCAAUAUAAUGUUCUUCUCUCCUUCCCUGUGGAAGGAAAAAUUAAUGGAGCCAAACUUUAUGAUGGAAGUGGAACAGUUAGGUUUCAAACUGCUGAGAAGGAGAAGGUUAUGGAGGAAUCUGAAAAUUCAUCUAAUGCAUUGCCUCCUUUCAGUGGCUAUUCACCUACUGGCAAAGAAAAGGUAACAAACUGUGCUAGUUAAUGAAGUAUAAUUAUGGCUGAUUUAUGAAAAUUUUCUUGCCAUUAUUUUCUUAAACUUUGCUUCGAAUUAGGCAUGGAACAUUUUUUUUGAACAGCACUGCUUCUGGAGGGUAAAGCAGACAUUUAUGUUCAUGAAAAAAAUGUCAGUGGGGUGGACAAUUUGAAUAGGACUCAAAUUACUCAUGUAGCUUCAUGUACACGAUAAGAUCUACAGUAUAUCAGUGUAUGGCCCUUGUUUGAUUUAUUUGAAUGCAAGAAAAACUGCCAGAAAUAUUAACUGGGAAAAGCACAGGGGUCCUUUAAAGUUGUUUAUUCACUCCUUUUAUUUAGCCUUUUUUUCGUCUUGAUACAAGUUCCUGCCAGAAUUUUUGUAAACUCAGGAUAGCAAUCCAUAAAACAGUUCAAUAGGCCAUUUUACAGUUGUGUACUUAGUUGCCAAGCCUUUGAUUUGCAGUGAGGCUGAAGGUGACCUUGUUGUGAUAGAGACCAGUUUCUUGUUAGCAUGAUAACAAAGUAAUUUGCAUUUGAAAAGCAGCAAGGUUUGUAUCAUAACAAGGUCACCUUUAGCCUCAUUCCUGUUCAAAGGCUUGGCAACCAAGCACACAACUGUAAAAUGGACUAUUCAAGAAAAUUUCUAUUUUUCUUUUCACGUCACUUUUUGCAGGAAUUGUUUUUUCAAAAUUCUAUUGCCUAGUUUUCCUCCACUCCUUUUUUCUCAUCCAAACAAUAUAGAACUUGUGCUUUUUAUCAAAAGUAAUUGCAAUCCACACAGUAGUUUAAACAAGGUUAGGUUGAUGUACGUCACUAUAACCUUUACAUGCAGUUUGGUCUGUGUUGCCUUUCAGGGUGACUUGGUUUAUGUCAAUUAUGGAAGACGUGAAGAUUUUAAACUACUGCAAAGUAUGAACGUCAACUGUUCUGGGAAGAUUGUCAUCGCAAGAUAUGGGCGUGUCUUUAGAGGUGACAAGGUAACAGAUCAAUACAGGGUGUAAGGCUCGAUAAGAAGCAGGCCGUUUGACUUGUACAACUAAUCUUUAUAGCGAAUAAAGGGGGUAAGUUUCUAUAGAAACUGUGAUGCUAUGUCAGUGGGAGAAUAUAACAGGGUAAUUUAGUCCUUUAAACUGAGUUGAUAAAUGUAAUUUGGCCACCAUAAAGAGUUUUAAAGCUGACCUUUGGAGCGUCAGCCCUUUGUCAGACAAAAAACAAAGGGCUAUCGCUUGAAAUGCCAGCUUCAAAACUCUAUGUGUGUGAAUUUAUGUCAUCAACUCAGUUGAUAAAACCAAAUUACCCUGCAGUGAGUAGUGUGGUGAGGCCCACCUAAGUGGGUCCAGUGGUUUUAGUUCAGUGAGGGGGAGGGGGAAGGGGUUAUUGCUUGAUAUGGAAUUGCUUUUAAUUCUCAUGACCAGUGAAAUUAAAAAAUUAAAACCAUGUGAAUUUUAUGCUCUUUGCAAUACAUGAACCUUAAAGUUGUUUAUCUGAUUUUUCACAAUGCAUUAUUUCAAUUUUUGAUGUACAUGGAACAUGCACAAAUUUCCCCCCUCCCACUUUGCUCCUUCUUUAGUCAUGACUUUCUGAUUGCUGGUUUUUUUUAUCCAUGGUCAGUGUAUAAAUAAAUGAAUAGGAAAUUAACUUAAAGAUAAAUGAAUUGGAUUUGGCAGUAGACCUCCACAGAGUGAUUCUUCUCACUCACUCAUGCACCUUAUUAGAUUAGAAUUGUAUCUUACUGAGGGAAACCCCAAAACGCAGAGAAAAAAUAUCAAGGUAUAAACCAGUAAUAAGCUUAACCCACAUGUGACAUUGGGUGUAAGGUUCAAAGCCAAGUCACAGUGGUGAGAGGCACCCUUACCCAAGGGCUAUGGCAGAAGAGAUUACAGAAUUCUCUGGUUAUGCUGCAGAAUUAUCUUGGUAAAUUUCAAGGCAAAGGCUAUUUUAUAGUUAGAUUAGAAGAAUUAUAUGCAAUUACUUUACACCAUUCUCCUGCGAUUACAUAUGUAAUGCAAUCUCUACCUACCAUUACACCAUUCCUGCUCUCUCAAAGAUAAUACCAGGAUAAUGAGUAUGGAAAAUUAUAUGGAAAAUAUUGGGUUCAGGUUGCUUAAUUUGAAUUGAGUUCUAUUCCAUAUUCUCAGGUAACUAAUGCACAGAAGUGUGGAGCAAAAGCUAUCCUGAUAUACAAUGACCCUCAUGAUUUUGCACCUGUCUCAGAUGAGGAUCUUUUUCCGCAUGGCUGGUGGCUACCAAGAUCAGGGGUGCAGCGUGGUUCAAUCCUCAUGGGCACUGGUGAUCCUCUCACUCCAAGAUAUCCUUCUAAAGGUGACAGCUUAGUAUUCAUUUAUGUAAUAUGGUUGACUUUAAUACAAAGUACAUGUAGGUGCCAUUAGCAGUCAAAGGCUUUACCGCAUGCAAGGGCUCCAGGAGCAACAAGUAUUUGGAAUAACCAAUGCAUCUUCCAGAAAAAAUAGGUGGUCAAAAUUUGCAUGUAAAAAUAAGUAAAACAAUAGGGAUGAUUGCUGAGGUACUUCGUUCCCUUAUUUUGUAAAAACCCUGAUAUUAGUAAUGCUUUUUAUUUUGUUCUUCAAAAAAAAGAACUGUUUGCCCUCCCUGUAAAUCAUGCCCAGGGCUCCCAUUAAUAUUUUGAAACUAUUUACUAAAACAUCUCAAGUUACCCUUGAAACUGCCAUCUUGUCCAAACAUUCUGUUCUUUUUUGUUGUUAUCAAAACAUUCCUUUUUUAAAAACGUCUUUAUUUAGAACUAGAUAAUGAAGAUUCUUAUCUUGAUGUUGAAAAGAUCUCCUCUAAACUUAAGGACUGCAUAAUUAAAAAACUCCCAUGAUUUACCAGAUUGAGAUCUAACUAUCAGUUUUUAAUUUUCUAAAUAAUGUUUGUUGAUGAUUGACAAUAUCAACCAGGUAAGUGAUGAGAAUAAAGUGUGUGUGUAAUAAAGUGUGUAUCAAUUUGGGGAUAAUUAGUUGAUCUAAUACUAAAUUCUUUGAACUAGCAUUUAAGAAUUGUAUGGCUGGCAGUAAGGAGAAUUACAAAUUUGAACUGGGAGUGAAAGGGUUAACCUGAGAUUGUUUUAACCCUCUCUGGAUUUCUGAUUAAAAUAUUACUCCACAAAUGUAAAAAACAGUUUUUGGCUUUUUUUAACAGAUGGUAUUUAUCGGAAAAGUUCAGAUGAAAUCAAAAUGCCAUAUAUUCCUGCUCAUCCAAUUUCAGCUGAGGAUGCAGAACACUUUCUGAGGUCUGUUGAGAUUUUUGUCAUACCUGACUUGUUAUCCAGUUUCUCCAAUAACUACCUAUGUGCAGGUAGAUUAUAAGGGCUGUUAGCAAGUUUGGAAGUAGAAGGCUGACAAGAGGUAGUAUGUGACCAGGUAUUUCUGAAGAUGCCAUGUUGUUUUGGCAAAUUGCACCUUAAGCAUGGAACUAUCCUUUCAGUUAGAAUGGCCCAUGUUCCACAAAGUUUUCACCAACCUUUGAGAAAAAUCUACAGGUGGAGUUGAGCAUCCCCUUCCACUCAAAACUGGGAAAUUGCUGUAACAGUAACUUUACAAAUUUCAAAGAUGGUAUUUAAAUAACUGUGCAAAUUUUCAUCAUCAAUUCUGGUGUAUGAAGUUUAAGUAGCGGACUAGUGAGGGCCAUUUUAGGUGGCAGUUAUGGUUUGACACACCUUCUUAGUGGUAUUUUCUUUUGAUUUUACCUGCUCUGACUCUUAUAGCCUGCUUGGUGGAGAUAAGGCCCCUGAUGACUGGCAAGGUGGAUUGCAAAUAACUUAUCGACUGGGACCAGGGUUUAUUGGUAAUUACAGUGACUGGUAAGUCAGCUGUAGGUCUUAUUUAAACUAAUCCUUCACACCCUAACAUCAGUAUGCAUGUUCUUCGCAUUGUUCUCUGACCACUCAUUUCUUAAUGUAACGACAAGGCAGGUCUGUUUUUAAAACAAUCAGGAACUUCUUUCAUCAGUGAUCAUUUCCUAUAUUCUCAUCCCCUUAAUGUUUGAUAUAGUAGUGAGACUGUUAGGAGAAAUCAGAUGCAAAUCACUUAAGGAGUUAGAGGGUGAAAGAGUCUGUAUUAGGCAUUUAGGUAGUAAAAAGUGGUGCAAAUUAACCAGCAGAAGGACACAAAGGUUCAUCCACAUCAAUCUUUUCUAAUGAAAUGGUUGGAACAAGGUGUAUUGGUUUUAGUAUGGCACUGGUAACAGAAUGGUGAUGCAAAAAUCAUUUUGGUUUGGAAGUUUAAUUUCAAAGGGUGCAAAAUUUGAGGUGUGGCUCAACUGUAGCAUGAAGAACCAUUACAGAAUAAAAUAGAUGAAACCUCUUGUGCACCAAAAUAUUACUUGCUUUUUCAAAUGAUUUGAAAAUAUACCUUUGACAUACGUCCUCCUAUGUUUGUUUUUUGUUUGAGCUAUUGGUAUUAUCACAGGAACUCUAAUGUUGCACUGGAUAAACUUGGCACAGCGCACCAGUGACAUUGUAUUUGACCUGGAUAUUAUGAGAAAAACCGAAGCUUCUCUGUUACAUACAUGAUAAAUUUAUUUUUGUGUUAUUACACAGGAAAGUGGAAGUGGAAACUAACAACAACCACACGCAGAGGAACAUUACCAACGUCAUUGCCAUCUUAAAAGGAUCACUUGAACCAGGUAUUUGAGAGAGGUUGAUGAAAAACUACUCAUAACUAAUAUUGGGUUCACUUAACCUGCCCUACAGACGCAAGGAAACAGCGCAUAGCAGCAAGAUAAUAGAAAAUCGAACGUGCUAAUGACUCAAAAUCCGUUUUCUGCGCCAAAGCUAAACGCAUGCGCAAACGUCAUUCAGCUCUGUCGAGCAGGCAGAGUUUUUUUUUUCGUACUCAGCAGCUGCUCAACGUUGUACAACAGCUGGUCAGAACUAGACCGAAGGAGAAAAAUAACGUCGUUCAUCCUAAAUGAGAUCUUAAAUUUUUUGCUAAAAUAAUUGUUUUCGUUCAAACUGAACUUAAUCUCAAUUCUUAGACAGGUUGGUAUUGUUAGGUAACCAUAGAGAUGCUUGGGUGUUUGGCGGAAUUGAUCCUUCCAGUGGAACUGCCUGCUUGAUGGAGAUUGCCAGAGCUCUGGGGAAUAAAUACAAACAAGGUGAAUCAACUUGAUAGCGUUCUUAAGUGGAGAAAGGUUAUACCACGCUCGUGACAAGACAAAAUAUGUUCCAUGUUACCGUGCGUCUGUUUGACAGAUGACGUCAAAAUGUGUUUGGAACCAAAAUUGACGCAUUAGGCGAAGCCGAGUGUGUCACUGAUGUUUGAAACACAAGUUGCCAUUUUCUGUGAUCUAUUACUGGACAGACGCACGGCAAAAUGGAAUCUAUUUGUUUUGCGUUAAAGAGAGGCAAAAACUGUGUAUGGUGACGUCGUCCAUGUGUCUGUCUUCCAAUAGAUCAUAAGAAAGAACCAAUCUGAAGGCGCAUAGGGCUGCGUACUGUGAUUUCACAUGAUCAACUUGUCAGUGUGUCGUGCAAUAUUCUAUGCAAACCUGGAACGCGGUCUUUCGUUGAAAUCGUGUCAAGCCAUAACUGAAAGCCAACGAGGCACAGAACUUACACGCAGAUAGCGUGUUAAAAGUCCCCUCUGUUGUUUAAGCGUGCAAUCGUUGCAUUUGCGUGCGUGCGUGUAUCUUGUUCCCGGAUAUUCUGUGAAGGGUCGCCUUUUAUCAACAACCUGAAUGACCGAAGCCGCAAAAAGCCGAACUAAAUGAAAUAUAGCUUGCCUUUAACUCCCAAAAGUGAUUGACAUGUAACGUCUUCCUACUUUAUCUGUCCAUUAUCCAGUAACAGGUAAUGAGAACACUCAAAUUUUAUCAGGCAGAAGUUGUUAUCUUGAUCUCUUUUCAAAUUCUCGUAACUACUUAACAAGGAAAUGUGUAUCAGGUAGAGGAGAGAAUUAACAAUCAGAAGAUCUUUGAAGUUAAAAUACUAAAUUGGUGUCUGACUCGUCUUUCAGGGUGGAGACCACGGCGAUCUAUUGUUCUCUGUAGUUGGGGAGGCGAGGAGUAUGGUCUCCUGGGAUCAACAGAGUGGGUUGAGGUUUGUACAACAGAUGUCUUGCUAUUGAAUAAUUAGUCUGACCUGAGCUGUUUCAUAUAAUUCAAAAACCUUAAAAGUCAUCAAUUUAACAGUGUUUUUUUUUUGUACUUGGGCCAAUUGCAACCUGGUGACUUGCGUUUUCAAGCGCUUCAGGCAGUUUGUUUGUUUUUUAGUUCUCUUUGGCUCGGAGUGUCUCAGAGUAAAUACACUUUUAGUUAUCAUUAGUAACGUGCUACAAUUUUUGUCUUUUAGGACAACGUUCACUUACUUUAUCAAAGAGCAGUGGCUUACCUGAAUGUUGACUCUCCCAUUAGAGGUAAGACCCACGUGAAUGUACAUGUGUACGUAGUUUAGUGGACUGAUACCUGGGCUUAAAUACUUGAAACGAAAAUUCAGACAAAUGGAGACAAUCGCAUGGCGAACGCGAGGUGAGCGCGAGUCGAACGCGUAGUGAAAGUGAGGAGAACGCACGGUGCGCGCGAGACAAACGCGAAGAGAGAGGAAGAGACAUUUUUUCCAGCACUUCCCUUGACACGCGUGUCUCGUCUUUUGCGCUCUCCUUACACUCGCCUCGCGCGUGCCUCUACACGACCGUAAAACGCUUAAAAAAAUUACAACUUUCCUCUAGGGUCCUAUCUAAAAACUGCAAGCUCGACGAGGAAUGACUUGCCGCAGUUUUAGGGUCCUUUUUUUGUUGACAUGUUUAUUUUGUCAUUUGUUUUUCUCUAGGAAACUACAGCCUUUAUGUUAGAGCCAGCCCUCUCUUGCACCAAGUUUUGUUUAACGCUUCAAAACAGGUAAGUUUUUGACAUGUGUGUUUGUCAAAAACAAGGCCGGGCCAAUGAGAACUCUCUAAGGCUAUGUAUCAGACAGAUCUUGGGAGCGAUUAAGCACAUACAGGUUGUAAUGGCGGUUUAAAACAUCGAUCGUUUAUGGCCUUUUUAGGGGAGAAUUUCUUUCCACCAAUGAAGCUUAGAACCCUAAACUUACUGGAAAAGAAGGUCGUGGUAUAGCUGAGGAAUUUCGAUGAAGAGACUGCCACAAUGCAAGAAUAAAGUUUAAGAUAAUUUCUCUCUUCUCUUUCAGGUGAAAAAUCCUAUUGAUAUUAGACAAUCGGUUUAUGAUAACUGGUUGGAUAAAUUUCCAGCUGCAGAUGGACUGAAUCCAAAGUAAGUUACAGUUUGCAUAAAUUACAUUUCGCUCCCUUAUGUACUUUGUAUUUACUUUUUGUGUAAUGGUAUCCAGGUACCAGCAAAUUUUCAGGGAAACAUGACGAAUUGCGGGGGUUGGGAAACUUGCUAUGGAUCAGCAGCCCACCCCGGAGGAGUAGCGAUACACCAAAAUCGCCCCAUACUACAGGAACUGUGUUACUCCACCAGUUGUAGUCACGUAGUAUUUUUCCGCCGUAAACGACGUUCUUGUUCCAGUCCCCCCGCGUUUAGUCGACGUCUUUCUUCGUUCUUUUCGUCGUGAUUGGUUAAGCUUCCUAUUGUGAACUAACAUAACGUUUCUGUUUGUUCCAGUCUGAUCAUCUCUCCUUUAUCUUUUUGUUCCAAGGGUUCCUCCUCUUGGCUCUGGCAGUGACUAUUCUCCAUUUUGUCAAAGAGCUGGAGUCCCUUCAGCGGAUAUCCGAUACGUUUUUGACACGGUAUGCACUACUUAGUUUAAACUAGACGCAUAUCGGCGCAUACUCGCAAGCUUAUUGCACUUGAAAAUGUCAUUUCCGUGUGGAAUUUUCCAUUGGAAAGACGUGUAAGGCAUUUAAAAAAAUAUGUGGAAUAUUCUGUCCCUUCCGCUCAGUGUUUAUACAUGCAUUUCACUUUAUUGAAGCCUACCUGUUGAAAAAAGAAAAUUGGAUUUACACAUGCGCCUUAUAGCCACGACUUUGAUUUGCGACUCAGAAUAAACAGUCCCCGUUUAGGAACUCAGGCCACCAAGAAUGUUGCCUUUCUUCUUUAUCAAUUCCUUUCCUCAAUUUUUUUUUCUAGUACCAGUUUCAUAACAUCUCUGCGUACCCGACAUAUCACAGUAUCCAUGAUACAUUCUACUACGUCAAGAAGUUCGUGGAUCCGCAGUUUACAACCCACUUAGCUAUCGCACGAAUAUGGGUCAGUACUGCAUUCCUAUUGGCUGAGACUCCUGUGCUGCCAAUCAACUGCUCGGAUUACGCCGUUGCCCUUAAUAAAGGUUUUCACGACAUAAAUGCAACAUAUGGAAAAUCUCUCAAACAAAAAGGAAUUUCUCUAAGUAAGUACGUUCAUUGUGAUUUCUGUCGUGGUUUUUAUUUAGAGCGUGAAUUAAGGAAUGGCUUGCCUGUAGCAUGCGAUCAUCGAGUUAUGGAUGCAUGCGGGAGGUUGCUAAGCACUUAAGAUGCUAGAGUAACACUUGGCUAUCGCCUCGUGCGACUCUUACGCUUCUUUCGUGCUUAGCAACCUCCUGCGUGCAUCCAUAACUCGAUGGUUGCUUGCUGCACGCUAACCAUCUCUUUUGUAAUAUUGAGACUUUCAAACAUCUUUCGUUUCGUGUAGAAAGAAAAGCGAAACAAACAUAUUGAUGGGGCGUAUCAGCCGAUCAAAGCAUAAUAGUACUUCAGAGCAUAAUCGUACUUCAUGCAUAACAGUGCUUCGUGGAGGAAGUUAUCUUUUGCGAUCGAAACUUGACAUUAAUAAAGCGUUAAUCUCCUGUUUAAUUGAUUGUCGAGAAAACAAAACCAUACUUAUCGUAUUGGCAAACCAGAACAAAGGUGAAUAAUCAAAAAGAGCCAAUAGGAGCCUGAUAUGAAAACAAGGAAAGCGCGUCAAGCGCGGGAAACACGACUGACCAAGGCAAAUUGGUUUUAGCUCUGUAUGCGUUGAGAAAUCAGUGUAUUUAUUCCCCUCAAUUCCUAUAUCAUGGCUGAGCACUUCACUGUAAAUUACUCAAAAUUUCAGUUCCCCGCUUUAGUUCAAGUGUAGGUCGUCUGUGAAAGACUUCACACUGGUCUAUUUUCGCAUGGCGCAAUUUUUUGGAAAAAGGCCAGAAAUUUUGUUGAACUCUCUAGGGUUCUCAGAACUUCCAUUGCUGAAAUUUUCCUCGAGUUGAACUCUGUUACUCGUUUCAGAAUACUUGGAGAAGGCUGUCAAGAAGUUUGAAGAUGGAGCUGAAAAUAUGCAGUCACUUAUCGCCAAUGUAGACCUCAAUGAGUAAGUAAAAACUCCUUUCCUCUCCGUUAAAAGAGUAUUUUCGUAGGCUAUGGUUCGACCGAAUAGUGCAGAAUUAAUUAUCCUUGCCAUGGCAUGCAUAAGAGAGUUUCGCACCACCACUUAAGUGUAAAGUGAUUUAUCGUAUAUAUACAUCAUUAAUUUCUUAUGCAGUGAUUUAAAAAAUAUUCUUUUUUCUGUGCUAAAAGAAAAAUGUUUAGGAGAGUUGUUACUCUUUCUGGAGAGUUGUUACUCUUUCUGGAGAAUAUGCAAGUCCAUCGCAGCAAGUUUCCCCUCCCCCUGUCCCUAAGUAAUGUCUGGCUUUUCAGAGCUAAUUUAUGUUCUAAAGGGAGGCAAUCCUCUCUCCGAGCUCAAAAACUUAUCAUCUCUAUUAUUUCUAUCUGCAAUCCUCUCUCAUAUUUUCAGCAAAUGUGUCAUUUGAUCGGUUGAAAAUAAAAAGCAAAAGAAAAAACAAAACAAAAUCAAAAAUUUGAUUAGAAAACAAGCUCAAACUUCAAGCUUUUCGCCUGAACCCGCGUUCCAAGGCUCUGACGAAAUUGAUAACAACGCUGCGAGAUGCACAAGAUGUUUGUAGAGAGAAACCCUGUUGGAGUAAAAGUUGUUGGGUUAAGGACAUCCAAGUCACAGGCCAACCAGCCUUAGGUCAAGAAUUCACAAGCCCAUCAGAUCUUUCCAUGGAACAUUCUAGUUUAAGGCUAAUCAGCCAAAUAGUUCGUAAAAGUAAAUGUAACUCUCCGAUGCUGAUCAGUACGCCUUGUUUAUCUUUUCUUCUCAAGCCCAUGGAAGCUUUCCUUUAUCAAUGACCGUUUGACAGGACUGGAAAAGAACUUCCUUAACUCUGAAGGACUGCCGGGAAGACCUCUUUACUGGUGAGUGGUAAUAAAAUCAGACGUUACGAUUGGACGAGUCCGUCAGGCAAGAAGUGACAAACUACUUGACACUCUAAGACCCUGAAUGCGUGAGACCAUCUUCGUUACGAGAUCUUGUGACAAAUUUUAUCGCUAUCGAUGUUAAUCCUUCACUUUUGUUGGGCCAUCUCAAUCUUUUAUUGACUUUCCUCAAGUUCUGAAAGGUUGCGCUGCAAAGUACGCCCAAUUAUUGGUAGAAAGGAAUUUUAUUUUGCUUUAGUCAAUUAUGGUGGAUUAGCAAUCGCGAGCUUAGGAAAUAUUUCUUUCGUCUGUAAGGAAUUCAAAGUUUUGCAAAAUAACAUGACUGCUACUUCCUUGAUAUGGCCUACUCAAUGUUUUCAAUAUUAGAACAGGUGGACUCCUCAUACUGUUCUUUAGGUACUGUGAUAGUCUUUUCGCUGGCGCGCGUCAAGCACUUCAUUACCACGCGUUAAAGAAGGCGGGCACAUGGGCGUAAUUGAAGGCAUUAUUUCUCGCGUAAGGGCCUCCGCUUGCAAGCGCUUGUCUGUAGUACUUGUGUCCUUUUCAUUUAUUUCUUUGCGGCCCAAGUUUUUGAAUAACGUCUUUAUUCUUUUGUUCGUAGGCAUUCAAUUUUCGCCCCUAGUCUCUACAACUCUUACGCAAGUGCCACGUUCCCAGGCCUCCACGACGCCCUAGUUGAAGCGGUCAACAAUGGCCCACAUAAUGGGAAUUGGGUGGUUGUGAAAGAGGAGUUAUCAGACACCAUAGUAGCCAUUGAAUGGGCAGCUCAGUUUUUGAAAUCAGAAGUUUAGCUAGCCGUUCCUUAACGAUCCUGAAGUCUAUACUGGAAUUGAAAAGAAUUUUUCGUACAAAUUAAUGGAACAAUAUUUAACUAAUAUUUAAAUCCAUACUUUUUGAUUUAAUAUUAUCAUUAAUAAUAUUAUUUUUAUUAUUAUUUCGUUCAUAGAAGCCUAAAUUGUGUAUAAUUGGGUUAAAUUUUUGUGAAUCCAGCGACACUCCAAAAAAAUGGAUAAAUAUUGAAUUAUUUCGGGAACCGUUUGAAAAGAUACCAUCUUGAAAGUAUUCUAAUUUUACUUAAUACGUACGUAUAAUUAUAUUUGAGUCUAAUAUUAGUUUUGAAUUUUUUUAAGGACAAAACACAAUUAUAUCAGAGUUCAGCGUUGAUUUUUCAAAAAUGUUAUUUUAUAAGUCUCGCAAACUAAUAUUCUAAACGCUGUUUUUCACAUUUUGCGUUCAUUUAUCAUUAAAAACUUACAUUUCAAAGUUAAGUCAUUUCAGAACAUCUUUCAGUCUUCUCUCCCUUUUUACGUAAUUUUAUUUAAGUCUUUUUCGUUAUUAGUUUCUAGUUUUAAUGAUUUGUGUUUCAAAACGUUUUUGUUUUUUAUUAGCGAAUUUCGCCUUUUUUUUAUUAAUUCCUUGGGUUGCAAUUGUUGGGUUGCUUUGUACUAGUUAACUUGCAGACGUGCCUGAGCAAAUUUGCACCAACCCCCUCCGCUAACUCAACAUUAAUCGUAACUUGUCAUUAGUUGAUUGUUGUUGUGUUGAUGGCGGAGGGUUAGAUGCUCAGUUGCUACUUACAUUGAUUUGGAAGCUGAAAUGCGUAAGCACUCGAAAUCGACGUAUGUAUAUAUAUAUGUAAUUUAGUAUUAACAACUGAGCUGAAAACGUAAGUUGACCACCGUAAAGAGUGAAAAUAUUGACGUUUCGAGCGUCAGCCCAUCGUCAGAGCAAUUGUAGACGAAGGGCUAACGCACAAAACGUCAGCCUUUAAACUCUUUACAGUGGUCAAUUUACGUUUUCAACUCAGUUGUUAACCCUAAAUUUCUUGUUAUACUCUCCUAGCGACGCAGCACCACAGUUUCUUUACAAAACUUACCCCCUUUAUGUACACAUAUACAUGCACGGAACAUUGCUUCUUAUUUAGGGCAUGGCUAAGGUUGCUGGGACAACUUGUAAAAAAUUUUCCUUAGACUCUUGUCUAUUAGUCUUAGUAUGAUAACUUGUGUUAACUAUCGCACAAAGAAAAUGUAUUCCUGGUACGAUUGUUGAACGGUGAUCUAUGCUGGACUGUGGUCAUAUCCGUGCGUCCAAGUGGAUAACUAUUGACAGCUGUUAUCUUAUCCAACCUAACAUUAGUAUGCAUAUUGUUACGGUUUAAACUUACAGACAGGAAAACGCUACAAUUCCACGAACUCAACUACUUUAUUAAACAGCGAGUAAUGUUCUUAACAAGGAACGACUCUUCAAAGUAAUACAAUACUUAUCGUUAAUAAACUUAAUUAAGC